UUAGUUAAGAUAGUUCCCCAGUAACAGUGAACCGUUAAGGAUGGAUGUCGCGCCAAGGGAGCUGAAAAAUAUUAAAAUCGCCCCAUCUGUUCGAGAGUCGUCACCCCAGUACCCGAACAGCCCCAUGAUGCCGCCGUCACCAUCAUCGCAAAAUAUGAAAGUCACCUCGUCUUACCGGGAACCUAGCAGUAUGAGUAUCCCAUACAGCCCUGUGAGCCCGAUGUCAGCGUCACCAUCUUCACAAGGUACAAAAGUGGCCUCGUCUUACCGAGAACCUACAAGUGUGAGUAUCCAAUACAGCCCUCUGAGCCCGAUGUCAUCUCCAGCGUCUCCCACAAAGGAAGAACAUCAAAAUUGCGGUAAUGUAGACGACAGCGACAUGGACAACAUAUUAGGGUACAUGGACGAGGAAUGGUUGCCUAAUCCUUUAUUUAUUGUAUCGGAUGCCAUGAGAAAAUUCAAAGAGCUUAAAACGAAGUAUGAACAGAAACUGGAGGAGCAUAAGGCAAUCAUUGCGGGCCUGGAAUGGAAGUUGAAAAUUUUUAAAACGCGCAAUCUUUACGCGAAGAAUAAUUUGAGAAACGUAAACUUGAUCUUCAAUAAGUGGAAAACUGCUGUAAAGUCAGUGUAUGAGUAUUGAGCUUUGUAAGCAAACGAUUUUUUUGAAAUAUUGCUUUAGUACAUUCAAAUGCAGAUUACAAUACAAUUUUUCCAAUAGAACAUUGUUCAAGUUAUGUAUCUAUGUAAGAUUUUGCAUAAAAAUAA